GAAGCUGCUCCGCCGAGGCCGCGCCUUCGAGCAAGCCGAGGCUGCGGACUUCCCUGCUUGGCCUUGCGACGAGGGGAAGAGCGGCGGCGAGGGCAACAGCAGCAACAGCAGCGGCGGAAUCCAGCUGUUGGCAAAGCGGGUCGGUGGAGAUCCCCGGAGAGCAUUGGCAAAAGGACCAGCAGCUCUCCAAGCAGCGAGGAUGGCCCCGGCCUGCCCGAGGCCUCCGAGGGUCCCGGCCGAAGCGCCAGAUGAGAGGCUGCUCUGAGUCUGGAGUGGCGGAGCCGAGUUGGCAGAAGGAAGGGAAGGGUCUCCCCACAGGAGCAAUGCAGCACCCCUUGGAUCUGGGCGCCGCCGCCGCCGCCCACUAUUUCCCAGCAGAUCCUUUCGUUGACCACCGGUCGCAUCGCUAUCGGAGCUUUAUGAUCGAGGAGAUCCUGACGGAUCACCCGGAUGCCAAGAGCGCGGCGCCAGCCGGGGAGCUGCUCAAAUUUGGCGUGAAGGCUCUACUGUCGACCCGACCCUACCACAACCCCUUAGCGGUGCUGAAGGCGGAGCAGGCGGCAGUCUUCAAGUUCCCCCUGGCGCCGCUGGGCUGCUCCGGUCUGAGUUCGGCGUUACUGGCUGCUGGCUCCAGUCUCCAAGGCGGUUCCGGGUCCCCGCACCUGCCGCUGGAGCUGCACCUCCGCGGGAAGCUGGAGCCGGGAACCCCCGAGGGGGGCGGUAAAGCCAAGAAAGGCCGUCGGAGCCGCACGGUUUUCACCGAACUGCAGCUGAUGGGUCUGGAGAAGCGCUUCGAAAAGCAGAAGUAUCUCUCCACGCCCGACAGGAUAGAUCUGGCGGAAUCCCUGGGCCUGAGUCAAUUGCAGGUGAAAACCUGGUACCAAAAUAGAAGAAUGAAGUGGAAGAAAAUAGUUUUGCAAGGCGGAGGCCUCGAGUCUCCCACCAAGCCCAAAGGUCGCCCGAAAAAAAACUCCAUCCCCAGCAGCGAGCAACUGACCGAACAAGAGCGAGCCCGGGAAGCCGAGAAGCAGCACGCGGAAAACCUCGACUCUCCCUGCCAAGUCAUCCAGGAGUAAUAAGGGAGCGCCGCAUGCCCGCGGACUAAAGGUCUGGCGCUCGGAUUGCGGAUGCUGGACUGCAGGCGCCCGAACCUCCCCCGGCUUGGCCAGCGGAAAGGUGCCUGGGACCUGCGGCCGUCAAGACUGAACCUCAGCCUCACGCGCCUUACUGAGCGACGAGGCCUCGCCGGCUUGCAAUGCCAUCCCGGGGGUCGCCUGCCUUGAGCGUAGACAGCAGGGGGCCACUAAAGCCCUCGGUUGCAGGGGUCUUGCAACAGCUUUCGCCGCCGUUUAAGAAAGUCACCACGCGGAGGAAGGAGACGAGGACGAUCCGGGGGUGGAGGUGAGGGUGGACUCCGAUUCCCAGUUGAUUCCGUUGUAGGAUUUCCUAGGCGUCCCAGCCCUUCCGCCCUCUCCCUGCGUGCGCCUAAGGAAGAGCCGCUCCCUCUGAAGGGGCUCGGGGAUUCGACCGUGGCCGUUCCUGCGCUGGUUUAAGAGAGGGGAGGGGUCGGGGAGCGUCUCCGAACUUAUUCGGCAAACUCAUUUUGCAACCAGUUUGUAUUAACGUGAAGAUAUUGAUUUUUAUUUCAAUAAAGUAUUUUAUGAACGACGGG